CGGAGCUGCAGCCAUGGCCGUCACCGCCGAGGGCGCCCGCAGGAAGGAGCGCGUCCUCUGCCUGUUUGACGUGGACGGGACGCUUACGCCGGCUCGCCAGAAAAUUGACCCAGAGGUGGCUGCCUUCCUGCAGAAGCUGCGCAGUCGGGUACAGAUUGGCGUGGUGGGCGGCUCUGACUACUCCAAGAUCGCCGAGCAGCUGGGCGAGGGGGAUGAAGUCAUUGAGAAGUUUGACUAUGUGUUUGCUGAGAACGGGACAGUGCAGUAUAAACACGGACGGCUGCUCUCCAAGCAGACCAUCCAGAACCACCUGGGAGAGGAGCUGCUGCAGGACUUGAUCAACUUCUGCCUCAGUUACAUGGCCCUGCUCAGACUGCCCAAGAAGCGCGGAACCUUCAUUGAGUUCCGGAACGGUAUGCUGAACGUCUCCCCCAUCGGUCGGAGCUGCACGCUGGAGGAGCGGAUCGAGUUCUCCGAGCUGGACAAGAAGGAGAAGAUCCGGGAGAAGUUUGUGGAAGCCCUGAAAACAGAGUUUGCUGGCAAAGGGCUGAGGUUCUCACGAGGAGGCAUGAUCAGCUUUGAUGUGUUCCCUGAGGGCUGGGACAAGCGCUACUGCCUGGACAGCCUGGACCAGGACAGCUUCGACACCAUCCACUUCUUCGGGAACGAGACCACCCCUGGUGGGAAUGACUUUGAGAUCUUUGCCGACCCCCGGACCGUUGGGCACAGCGUGGUCUCCCCACAGGACACAGUGCAGCGGUGCCGUGAGAUUUUCUUCCCAGAGACAGCCCACGAGGCGUGACCGGGACUGCACCUGCCCCUCAUGACUUCAGAGCCCUCAGCCCAGCCCGAAGAAAAACGCUGGCCCUGGUGUGGGGGUGACAGGGCCCCUCCUGCCUGCUGCAAGGGCCACCAGACCGGGACAGGCCAGGGUCUGUGUGCACAGUGUCCCCAGCUGGUCAGCUCCUGGGGGGACUGCCUCCUACCCUCCCAGGGUCUAUCUAGCCUUGCCCAGGACAGAGUGUCCCUGUCCUCAGCCCCGAAGGCCCAGGCCACAGCUGCUGCUUGUCCUUCUGAACAGAACAGGUUUCCGUCUGUGCUGGAAGGAGGGUGUGUGUGAGUGUGGGUACGAGAUAGAGUGCCCUGCCUGCCCACCCCAUGGGUGCAGCGCAGUGGGGAUGGUGCACGUUUUAGAGAACUUUAUGUCACAAAUAUUAAAGUUCCGGGAACAAGGUAUGGUGCCAGGACUGUCUGAGUGGAUAAUGGGCCCCAUACACGGAUGUGUACGGCCAUGACUUUACUGAUGAGGAAACAGGCACAGAGAACAGGGACUUACCUAGACCACCCAGGAAGCCAGAGCCUCCAUAGAGUUCUCGUGAACUCCCCCAGCCCCUUCCCCAGGGGCCCAGACAGACAGGCAGCAGGAGGUCAGAGUGAGCCACAGUUGAGGAUUUAUUGCCAGUAUUAGGAAGGAUGAGGGAGCCUGGAUGGCUAGGGGGGUCUCGGGAGGGUCUCUGACUGCACG